GCGGCCCUGAAUGAGGAGGAACCGGAGCGGGUUUACCGGGAGCGGAUGCUGCACGCGCUCACCCCGCUGUGUGUGUGUGUGUCUGUGUGAGUGUGUGAGUGUGUGUGAGCAGUAGACGGUGUGUUUCCGGUGUCGGUGUGCUGGAGGACAGAGGAAUGUGGAGUUUACAGAAUGCCCGACAGCGGCGGAAAGAGAUUUAAAGGCAGUAAAUAUAUCCCAGUGUGCACCGCGGCAGCCCUGCUGGUGGGCUCCUCCACACUCUUCUUCGUGUUCACGUGUCCGUGGUUGGCGAACGUUGUUUCUCCCUUGGUUCCUGUCUACAAUGGCAUGGUGUUCCUCUUUGUGCUGGCUAAUUUCAGCAUGGCCACCUUCAUGGACCCCGGCGUGUUCCCUCGAGCGAAUGAGGAUGAGGAUAAGGAUGAUGAUUUUCGAGCUCCUCUUUAUAAGAACGUGGAGGUGAAGGGGAUCCAGGUGCGAAUGAAAUGGUGUUCCACCUGCCACUUCUACAGACCACCACGCUGCUCUCACUGCAGUGUGUGUGACAACUGUGUGGAGGACUUUGACCAUCACUGUCCCUGGGUGAAUAACUGCAUCGGUCGGAGGAAUUACAGAUACUUCUUCCUGUUCCUGCUCUCCCUCAGCACACACAUGGUGGGCGUGUUCUCCUUCGGCCUGCUGUUCCUCCUGCACCACCUGCACAGUCUCCGCGAGAUACACACCACCGUCACUAUGAUAGUGAUGUGUGUUUCUGGUCUGUUCUUCAUCCCUGUUAUGGGACUCACCGGCUUUCACUUAGUAUUGGUGGCCAGAGGGCGCACUACUAAUGAACAGGUAACGGGGAAGUUUCGGGGAGGCGUGAACCCUUUUACUCGAGGUUGCUGUGGCAACAUGAAACAUGUUCUGUGCAGUCCUCUAGCUCCAAGGUAUAUGGUGGACCCCAUGAAGAAGCUGAGCAUCCGGAUGACCCCCCCGUUCCUGCGUCCCGUCCUGUCUGACCGUAACGUCGUCGUUAAAGUGAGUGACAACGGAGUUCACACCAACAUCCUGAGAGCCAAGUCAAAAACCAGUCUGGAUGGUUUGGGGGAGAAAAGUGCAGAUCUUCAGCCUCCUCUUCCUCCCAAAGCUGAGCGUCAUCAUCACCAUCAUCAUCCUCAGCAUCAGCUCCAGAGUCAGCUGACCUCCAGCGAAGAAAGUUCUCUGUCCAGUAAGCCCACCUCUCCGUCCACGCCGGCCAUGUAUAAGUUCAGACCGGCGUUUGGCACCAUGCCCAAAGUGCACUACCACGCCAUGGGAGAGAAGAUCUCGAUGUCUGAGAACCCCAAGUCGUCGGCCAUCUUGGAGGAGCGAGCUCAUGACUACCGCUCCGAGCCGAACCUCGAUUUCCCGGAUUACGGUGUUGCCGAAGUUCCCACCCUCCAUCGCCACUUCCUGUCGUCUCCGUUCCAGCUCGACUCGUACAGCCUGAAACACGUCGGCCGGAGGGAGGAGCCUGUGAGACUACGGGGAGUCAAACCCGAGUCGGUCGCGUCCACCCCCCACAGGAGCGCGUUCUCCCCCGGGGUAAUGUCCAGCCGUAACGCCAGUCUGUCCUACGACAGCUUGCUAACCCCGAGCGUAGCCGUGCCGCCCUCUCUGCCCUUCCACUCGCCCUACCUGCCCCCAAAGAUGUGCCACAUGCGACGCCCUGAACUGCAGCACCAUCACUUCCCCUCGUCCCCUUACAGCCCCGCCCGCGUGGGGUACCUGUACAGCCGAGAGCGAGAGAGAGACAUGGAGAGAGAGCGAGACAGGGAUCCGUCUCCCGUCCGCUAUGAUAAUCUCUCCAAAACCAUCAUGGCGUCCAUCCAGGAGAGGAAGGAGCUGGAGGAGAGGGAGAGGCUGAUCCACCGUCACGGCCACGCCCGCGCACACAACCACGCCCACAUUUACGCCAACGACUCGGGCGUCUUUGAUGGACAUUUUCCCUCCUCCAGAGGGUCUCGGGACGAGCUCACUAGGGUGGGGGUGAUGUCCUUCGGCCCCCGCGUCCUCCACGCCUCAGCGUCGUCUCUAGUCCGUGCGCACAGAGCGUCCACUUCCUCUCUACACAGCGACGUCCAUUACCGCUCGCCGACCCAUCAGCCCCCUCUCUCCCCAUCACUCUCUCCUCGUUCUCCCUCCUUCUCUCAUCAGAAAAUGUCCUUCAUCGGCACUGUCGAGGGAACCGAAUCGCCUCACCUGGUCCACAGAGAGGAACUGACUCGAGCGAAAGUUAACGGACAGCCUAAAGGGCCAGCGCGAGAGUGCCACCUGGUGUCCUCCCCCGGAACGCCACUCAGCCCCAGUGUCAAAAAGGUGACCGGAGUGGGCGGGACUACGUACGAGAUAUCGGUGUGACAGACACCUGGGAUAGUCGAUCCUUACGUGAGGACUUACUGCCAUGGUGACCGACACUACCACCGGUGACCGCGCCUCUCUUUCAGGACACUGAAACCGACCAAUCAGAGCCUUUCUCACGGCGGCGGCCGGGCCAAUCGGAGCAGGUCUUUCAUCGAUCCGGUCCAAUCAGAGGAGGUCUCUCACCGUCUCCGGGUGCUUCUGGGUGACGAGCGCAGCAUAUCCGAGCUGAGACGUUACUUUGUGUGUGUGUGUGUGUGUGUGUGUGUGGUAAAUGUCAGGAGUUUUUAUGUAUCCCUUUAUUCAAGAAACAAAUUGGUUUAAAAAGCUACAAAGGAAAACAAUUCCCUCUGAAAAGGGCUGAAGUGUCCGUUAACUGUAACAUCCAAUAAAAAGGUGCUCUGUGUGUGUGUGUGUGUGUGUGUGUGUGUGUGUGUGUGUGUGUGUGUGUGUGGAGAUGUCAGUUGUAGACCUCCACUGCCACUGUUAUCAUUAUUACACAGCAUUCAGACUCAGCAUUAGCAUUAGCAUGUUAGCACGUCACACACCUCAGAUCGCCACGUGAACGGCUAGCUAAUAAACACCAGCAAGAAGAUUAUAAAUUAUUGGCACCCUUCAGAAAAUAUAAUUAUAUAUAUAAGAUGUUUAUAUUUUCUUAUCCAGGUUCAAAUUAUUCACAAAUGUUUAAAUAAUUUUUGUUUUAUAUACGCAGUGCGAUACCACCAACAAAAGUAUGGUUAAAUUAUUGGCACCUGUAAGCAAUAGCACCAAACGUCCACAUGUUUAACAUUAAAUUUCUCCAAGCCACAGAAGCGCUGAGGAGAUCGGAGGACUCGUGGGUGUCGUCGCGAGACGCUCUCCCUUAGCAACGAGCUACUGAACUUCACUGUGAGGGACUUUCAUGAAGGGUGCCAUUAAUUCUGGAGUUCAGUGUUUUCCCCCCAAAUGAUGCAAAUAGAAUUAAAGUGUUAAAGCUUUCGUGUCAUGGUAAAGGAGUGUGUGUGUGUUGCAUUAGCGCGUUGUAUGCUAGCCAUGUUAGCAUGCCGCGUUAGGGCCGAAGUUCAGCUGAUUAAACACUGCCAGUGAAGAAGAGCGCCCUCUAGCGUGUUAUAAAUGUAAUGUGACUCAGUGUAAACGAGUCGUUCAGGGGGCACAUACUUAUAAUCAGCGUGCCUCUGCAGGGGUGUUACAGUCGUGCACACCGCCCCGGUGUGGGGCUCUAAGAUGGAGAUCUGUGGCUCCACACUUUCAUGUCCUGUUGAUGUUCAUCUUAUCCUGGACUCUCUCUAACUUACUCCCGCCUCCCUGUGCUGAUCUAACCUUUGACCUUAACUCUGCCCUUGCCUCACCCUGACCGCACCUUUCACCCGAACCUAACUCCUAACUCUUCCUUUCACCUUAACUCCGCCCCUGACCUUACACUUCUCCUCACUUUAUCCCAUUAAAUCUCUCACAUUACUUUAAGUGCAGAACUCUUCAUGGUUUCACUGAGUGUAUUAUUAAAAUAAUAAUAAUAAUUAUUAUUAUUUUUAAACUGUUUAACUGCAGCUUGUUUUGUCCAGUUUCUCUUCCUGUAGAUAACCUCUACUUCUACUUCUUCUUCUUCUGCGUUGUUUUCUUUACCAGCUUAGCAUAGCAUACCGCUAACAUUGUGUUUCACAUCUUGUAUACUGUAACAUAUAUAUUUUUGUUAUUAUUUAAAUAUAAAUUCUUGUCUAAACCCUGGAGACGUGACAUCACACUGCUGUUACCCAGAGGAUGGAGUGUGUUCUUUUCCUCAGCCAGUGAAUCGCAUCCUUUGUGUAUGUGUGUGACUGAGACAGGUGUGUGUGAGUGUGUAAGGUAUUAAACCGUCUGUCACUCUGGAUGUACACUAUUUAACCUUCACACCUGAUUCUGUACAAAAGUUAUUUAAAAAUGACUCUACUUUCAUACGUUACUUUUUUACCAUAUAUAAAUCUAAAGAUAUAACUCUAACUCUAGAGGUGUGUGUAAAUCUGAGUGUGUAACUGAUGGAAUGCAGACCUGGAUGUUUUAGUGUUUAUCAUGAGUUGUCUUGCCCUUGACAGGCUGUCUGGAACAGCAAAGCAUUCUGGGAGAAAAAAAUAUAUCAAUACAUUACUGAUGUGUGUGUAUAAUAACAGACAGAGAUAAAAACGACUUUUUCUGUUAAAAUAAAGAGAUGUGUUCUGAAGAAAUGAAAAUAUUAUAGUUUGAUAUCGAGGUACAGCUUUUAUUAUUUUUGUUCAUCUGGAAAAAAAAUGUCUGAAUAAAAAUAAAUACAUUUAA